AUGUCCUCGGUUGUGAAGCAUAGGUAUUUUUUGUGUAUUCGUGGCAAAUUGAAAGAUUCGGGAAAGGAGAUUACUGUGAUAAAUGUUUACGCGCCUCAAAAGUUGGUAGAUAAGAGAAUUCUUUGGGCCGAUUUAGAGAGACUUAUUGUUAAUGAUGAUAGCUAUUGGAUUGUCGGGGGUGAUUUUAAUUGUGUUAGGGAUCGUGGAGAAAGAAGGAAUUCUAAGUUUAUUGCUUCAGUGUCUAGUGAAUUUUAUGAGUUUAUUGAUAAAGUCAGGCUACAUGAGUUUAAUUUGCAUGGUAGAAAGUUCACUUUUGUGUCGGGGAAUAAGUGUAGUCGCAUAGACCGUAUUCUAGUUUCUUGGAGGUUCUUGAAUGAUUGGACGAAUGCAGAGUAUCGUGCUUUGGCUAGAGAGAAGUCAGAUCAUAGUCCGUUGGUGUUGAAGGCGGUUACCAAUGUGGUUAAGGAGUUUGACGGGACGGGUCCUCCGGACUUAAUCCUUAUGAAUAAGUUUUGGAAGGUUCGUCAAGCGCUAGUGGAGUGGCGGAAAAAAGUGGUGGCCGAUGACAAUGAGCUGGAAGCGAAUUUGAAACAAGAUCUUUUGGAGUUGGACGCCAUGAUUGAAGAUAGGGAUUUGACGGAGGUGGAGCAAUGGGUCCAUGUAGAAGCGACUAAAAAGUUAAAAGUGUUGGAAGAAGUUCUCGGUUUUUUAAAAAAUCUGUUCACUGAAGAUCUUGGUGCUCGACCUUCUUUGGAUUGCUAUGGCAUUAAACAGUUAGACGAUGAAGAUGCAGAGGCGCUUGUGAAGUCGUUUUCUGAAGAAGAGAUUAAGAUGGCUGUUUUUGAGUGUGGUAGUGACAAAGCGUUGGGGCCCGAUGGUUUCAAUUUUAGAUUCGUGAAGCGGUUUUGGUCGUUGUGUAACAACCGUCUAAUUUCUAUUCGAUUUUAA